GAUGGCGUCAUAGCACGUAAAAAAUUUCGGACGCUUUCCCAAGCCAAAACACAUAGGAGGGUCUCUUCUGGUCUGGUAUCUGUUCUGUGACUAAAGCCUCUGCAGAGGAGAGUUGCAUUCAGGCCGACUUCCAUUCAGUGCAAAAUAUCGGGAGAUCAACUUUUUGCAAUCACUUUCUUUUGAAACGUGUUGAGUCAACCUGAUCUGUUGCGUUUGAUUAGUUGUAUUUCAAAAGAAAGUGAUCGCAAAAUAUUGAUCGGCCGACAUGUUGCACUGAGUGGAAAUCCGCCUUUAUAAUAAUAAUAAUAUUUAAUAUUUAUAUUGCGCAAAUUAACAUGUUAUAGUAUAUGAUCAGAUGCGCAAAUUAUGGUCCGCUUAUAAAUUUUUGUACAACUAGUCUGAAAUUUAAAAUAUUGAUUCAAUAAGUUUAAUAUCAAUAUAUUUAUUGAAAAAUAGCUAUUAUGUCAAAAUAACAAAACUUUUUCAAACUUUUCGCGACUGUUCAUCUGUAGUUGCAAGGGACGGUAAUAACAAGGUCAACAGGUCAAGGUUUUAUCACUGAUAUUGGCAUGAUUGACUAUUCGAAGUAAACAAUGUUUAUAUUUUACUGCAAAUUUAGGUUUAUUGUGGCUUACUGACAGUAUAAAAACCCGUGGAAACCGUGAAUUACUAUAAUAGAUUGAAAAUAAUUAUUAAACUAUGAUCUCGAGUCCUCGACUAUGAUUGAAACUAUCGAAGUAGAAUGCUAUUUCGUUCAAUAAUGUAUUAUUAAAUUUCAGUAGACAAUAGUUCAUGUUAUUUACAGAAUGUGAUGUAAUUUUGAAAUUUGAAGUUUUACACACAAUAUAAUCAGUGCUAGCACAAUGGCUUCGUUUCAAUUUGAGCAUAGAGAAAAUUAGAAUUUUGAUAGCGUGGCCUUUCACAAACAUAUUAAAACGCACGAUAAUUGAUAAAUAAAUAUCAGUGCGAGCACAACGGCAGCAAAAUAAUAACAACUAACAGAAUAUAAGCUAAAUUAAAAACAGCAAAGCUUUACCUACCUCGAUCUAUUUUUCUAAGGCGCUAAAUUACGUAAAUUUUCGACGAAAGCCGUGAACAAAAGCGUGCAUAUUUAUUGUUUCAACUUUCACAUCACAUGAAAAUGCUCGUCGGAAAAACUCGGUAUUUGUCGUAUUUUACUAAUCUAUCACGUGAUUUACCACCGCCAGUACAACGCACAACACGACACGAAAUUUAGAGCUAUAUGAAAGUUGCAUGCCCAUAUAUGGGCAUGCAACAAAAAUUGAAAAGGUAGGCGGAAAAUCAGCAUCAAUUACAGAAAAUCCAAAUAUAAUUCUACUCUCGUCGUCAUUGCAUGACAAACUGAAUGUUGUACUCUCGUCGUCAUUGCCUGACAAACUGAAGAAAUUGAAUAACUAUACAUGCCACCUCACUGUUUUUGAUCAUGUAGCUCUUAAUUAACAGAAUUUCUUUUAAAUAUACAGCCAAGGGGAAACUGUGUUAUUAAAGGCACAUUUUUGUUAAAAGGUGCACAUUUCGAUUGUUUCAGAAUCUAUUUUCAGCUGACAAUACAAAACACAGGUCGAAUGCAUAAGCACCUGUGUGCUGAAAAUUUUAGUCAGACAAGAAGAAGACACGAUAUACCGUAACAUUUCGAUUUGAUUCCCAAAUCAUUAGCAACGCAAACCUACUGCAUGUAAUUAUAAAAAAUAUAAAUACCAGCUCAUUUUGUAAUUACAGCAUAGGUUUAGUAAUAAUUUUGAAAUAGAAUCGGAAAUUAUCAUAUGUCUUCUUGUUAAUGCCACUCAUGCAAAUCUUGUAAGCGCCCAUAAACGUACACAAUGACUCGUAAGACUGAUAAGUCUAUAAUUUUUAUUGAUAUAGUUGACAGAAAAACCUAUAAAGUUUGCUUUAGAAUAGCUUUAUAGUAGGGUGCAAUACAUUUCCAAGCAAUGUACACUUUCAAAAUAUAUAAAAUCAUUCUAAAUCAUCAUGUUAUAGAGUAAAGAUUAUUGACCCACAGACCCGAAAAGUGUUAUACACGAUUGAUAAAAGUUACUUCUCAUAUAUGUUCACUUUAACUAUAUCGAUAAAAAUAAUAGACUUAUGUCUAACUUCACUUAUGCACCUCUUUGCACGAUCACUAAGGGACCGUUCAUUAUUUAUGCCUCAGGGGGGCACGUACCGAAGAGAAAUGGGGUGGGUAACCAAUAAUUUGGUGUGUAGAAAGGGUGGGUAAAGGAAAAAUUGACCUGGUUCCAGAAAGGGUGGGAAGCAAAAAAAUAUUAACCUUUCAAAACUGUAGUGCAAGGUUAAAGCAACAGCGAAAAUUGUUUUAUAAAACUAUGUAAAUAUAUGUUUAAACACAUGCAAUAUCUUGUUCACCGGUUGGAAAUAAACUUCAGGUCUGAUGUACAGUAUCUGAAUCUCUAAUUUUCAUCCGAGUCCGAUGAGUCAGAGUUACUGCUGUCUGUUACACUGACAUCUGACAGUACAGCAUCUGCUGAGUCUUGUAAUGCACCAAUAUAUUUUAAGUACAAAAUGCUCUUCUUAUCAGGGUUUAACAGUUCUUCAAGACUAAUAACUGUUCUUCCCCUCUCUUUCCCAGUUGGGCAAAUGUUCUCAAUGACAUCAUUGGCGAAACCACUCCUUUUAAGCAAAUCCUGGGCCUUUCGAACUGACAUUAUCUUUGACUUUUUCCUGUUGCUACAUUUUUGCUCUUUCACUCGCCGUCGUUUCCUUUUUUAUUCAAAAUUAAAGAGAUCUGCACUAGAAUAUCGUUUGUUGAGCUGUUUAGCUGCAUUUGCAACAUCGUCCCAAAUCAUAGUUACCUUGGACUUCAACUCAGAUACUUCUUCAAUGAAUUGGCUUACAACUUUAUUUUCAUUUUCUGCCCACUUCUCCAGCUCCAUGCAUGCAUGUGGCUGUCAAAAAGCUGGACUUUCCUGUUCUGCAGUUGCUCCAGAAGCCCCUCAGCAGCUUUCCUUGUAGCUUUAAUGUGACUAUCUGCCCUGUUAGCAAAACUAACAUCCCUUAAUGCAUGAUGGAUUAUCUGGCAUUGUUUUGUAUUUCCCAACAGAUAUAUUCUCUUUUGGAAGAACCCCUUUCCUCAUAUGACUUGAUCACAUACUGUAACUUCUCAAUUCUUUUCUUUGUAUCCCAUCUAAAUUGCCUUUGCCCAUUUAGGUACGUCAGGAACUGACUCUGUUUAUGUGUGAAUGCGGAUUCAUAUAUCACCUUCAUAACAUCAUUAAAAUACUUCUUCCUUUCCAUUCAUGAGGCACAAGGUUUCAAAUAUUUUUCCCACGGCUUUUUUUUUUAAUUUAAUGUUAUGUGUAUGUAUCAAACAAGUAGUUUAUAUAUCAAAAACAAGCUGUUUAUAACCAUACAAAUCUUGAGUUGCAUAAGGGUUGGGUAAAAGAAAAUAAUACUUCGAAAAUGGUUGGGCAAUUAAAAAAAAGUAGCCAAUUUUUAUUUCUCUUCGGUGCCCCCCUGAGGCAUAAAUAAUGAACGGUCCCUAAGCCUGUGUAUUGCUGUAUACAGCUUGAUUGGGGCCAUUCUGAUGAUUAUAGACUGAUGAAUUUGAGUAACAAAAAAGAAAAAUUAUACUUUUUAGCAACGAAAUAUGUAAACAAACCGGGCGAACAAUUUGCUGAAUGUUGACAGUAAAAUAAUGUACAAUCUAAUAUAAAAACAAAUAAAAUUUAAAUAGGACGAAUAUGAAUACUCAUUUGGCCUAUAUAUAGAAAAAUUCACUUCAAACUUACCAUAAUACUGGCUUCUUUUGGCUCUUAAAAAACUCGUAGUAAACAACUCGUAGUAAACAACUCUGAGCUUUCGGGAUUUCCUCCACAAACUACGUCACAAUAAGCCUGCUGACGUCAAUCUUUAUAUAAUUUUUACAAUUCUACAAUUUUAUUAAAAAUAGAAGAAAUACAAAAGCAAAUAUUAAAUAACCCACCCGCAUUUAGCAAAGCUAUAUUCUAGGCGGGGAUUAUUCACACAACAAAAUAAUAUAAAUAUUUAUUUUGUAUAUAUAUAUAUAUAUAUAUAUAUAUAUAUAUAUAUAUAUAUAUAUAUAUAUAUAUAUAUAUAUAUAUAUAUAUAUAUAUAUAUAUAUAUAUAUAUAUAUAUAUUCCAGUCGAAAUAUAUCUGUCUUUCAUUCUUUUUCCACAAAAAUAAAUUAAGGAACUGAUUACUGCAUGGCCACUUAUUAGGAACUGGUGUCGGGACUAACAAAUAUAUUAGGAACUCGGGUGUCGCAAAAAUAAAAUGUCGUUGUUUUCGUAAAAACAGCAUUUUAUACCUAUAUAUAGGGGCUAUAUACUUUAAAAUGCAUGUUCGUUUUCGUUCAACAAGUUACUGGUUUUAUACACUGUCCGCAUGCGGGAAGCCAUGCAAAUUCAAAUUCUUGAGAAUCGCAUUGGGAAAGACUUUAGACAGACUUUAACUGAUAAGCAGUACAAAGAUAUAUGUAUUAAUUAUGUAUAUUACUUAAUUAAAAUAAAAUUGUAUAACGCGCGCGUAUCAAAUUUAAGCAUUGCCAAUACAUCAGUCUACGAUGUCAAGCUGACACUUCUCAGAUUCAUUUCCGCAAUUGGCUGUAAUUACUACAAAAUUUAACGUAAUAUAGUUUGAAUUUCCGAGGAAAUAACAUAAUGAAAAUAUAACGUCGAAAUAUUAAAAAAAUAUAUAUUGGCGCCUCUUUAGCUACUACUAUUAUGUUUAAAAUCUACAUAAUUUGAGAAAAACACAUUUGUAUUAAAAUAUAUAUACUUUUCGUUACAGGUUGACCCGAAAGCAAAAGAGUUAGGUAUAAUAUAAGCCUUGCUCAUGUAUAAUGUAUAAUGUCGCAUUGUAGCAUUUUCAUACACGUUAUAUAUUCUAUACUGGAGACAGCCUUGUUCAGUGUAGAUUAUUUUUGAUAAUUAAAUUGAUAUUUUUAAAAUACUUUUAGAAAAGACUGGAUUCCAAUCUUGCCAAGAUCUACUACGCAAAAAAAAGUAUGUUAUGUGUGUGUUCGUUUGUUGUUGCCCGCGGUUGUCUGCAUGUGUAGGCUUGUUAAAAUAUCAAAUUUAUGAAAUUUAAUAAUUCCUCCACUAAUGAAUUAAUCGGGUGUAAGACUACAAUCAAUUGGGAAAAACCUGAUAACAAGCUUUUCAGCAUAUAAAAGUAAGAGUACCAAUUACAGGACAGCGGCAAUGAUCUAGUUAAAAAUAAAUUUUAAAUCUGUAUUACAUAAGCUAUAAUUAUUCACUUUUUCAAAAUCUGUCAUCGUUUUCAAAAUAUUUCACUUUGUAUGAUAGAUAUGUCUAGAAAAAUGAUGUCAUUGGCAAAUGAAUUUCAGCCAUCCAUAAAUGAUUGGGCACUUUCUAUUUCCAUGCGGGUUCGUGCUGGUCUUGAAAAGUUAAAUUCAAGGAAUAAUUUUUAAGUAGUAAAAUAGCAUUUUUAAGGAGUGUUUGAUGUGUUUUCUUUCAAGGAAAAUGAAAACAUAGAAGAAUCAAACCCAGAUCGAGCCCACGGUCUAUAUUCACCAGUCUAGCUUCCAAAUGAAAUACUUGGUGUAAUAUUGACGAAUUUCUAUCAACGAUUUGUUUCUAAAGCCGGUUUUUGCACUAUACGAAAUACCUAUGGCAACUAACAAAAGUUAAUACUAUAUGGUUUCACUUACUAUUUAGCAAAAUAAUUUAAGUAAGGGGUAAAUAAACUGCAAAUUUGAGGAGCUUUUCAAGCACCCUUGAAAAGUUAAAACUUAUUCGAGUAGUAUUUAAGGACUUUAAGGAGUAGCACGAACCCUGUUCCGUUCUGUUUCAAAUUCUUACGAUUAUAAUUUAAUUAUAUACAUAAGCUAUCUAGUUUUUAAUCUGAAAAUUUUGUUCAAUGUUGUCCGAAAUUUUAAGCAAUUCAAAAGUUGUACCCUGCUAUGUCGUCAUAGAUUCAGUUCAUUUACAUACAAACAAAUUGAAAUAUCUUCAAAAAUUUUAGAAUCAUUUAUAUUACAGAUUUAGGAGAGUUUUUUUUAAUUCUGACUAUAUAUAUAGAUCAACUUAAAAUCCUUUGCCUGAUAUCAUUGCAAACCCUAGGCAUGCCUAUAUGCCAGAAUGGAUGCUUUUGUACAUGUGUAUGUGCAUGAUGACCAUUUCUUGGUCUCGUUAAAUCAUUGUAAUGGAUGGACGAAUUGCUUUUUAUAUUUUCCAGAUUCUCACCUAAUGGUGCCUAUACUCUGCAAGAAAAUGUCACUUCGUCACCAUAUAAGGUAUAUUGUCACAUGACUGACAUUUCCGGAUGUGGAGGUGGAGGUUGGACACUAAUCUUGAAAGUCGAUGGAGACAAGGUAAUAUUUGAGUAAUCUAACCCAUGCAGUCGAUCAAUGGAUCAAUCAAAUCAUAUUCUACUGCACUAUUUAUGUUUUUCAGACCAGAUUCGAAUAUGAUUCACCUUGGUGGACGAAUAGGGAAAGUUAUGCAGUUGAAGAUGGACUUGAAGGACUAACAGAGAAAGAAAGUAAACUGCCCUCUUAUUGGAACACACCUUUCAAGAAAAUAUGUCUUGGUAUGACCGUCAAUGGUGACAGAAAAUGGAUGAUGUUAGAUUACGAAGCAAGUUCGCUGUACAGUGUGAUCGCAGAUGAAAAUACAAAAAAACAUCCUUUUCUCGUGAUUUGA